AUGCCACGACCUAAGGAUUCACCCGAUGUCGCAGCCUCGAAAACGCUAGCUUAUCUCCUGCGGCACGGAGCGGAGAAGGAGAGUCUGCACAUGAGGUCUGACGGGUAUGUCAAGCUCAACGAUGUGCUCGCACGACCCAAGAUGCGCGGUGUGGAUGUGGAGAUGAUCCUGAGAAUCGUGGCUGAGAACGCCAAACAGCGAUUCGAGCUAUUCUACGGAUAUGAUCCAAGUCCUCCAGUCAUCAAGCCAAAGAAAGGGCAGCAGAAGCCGAAGAACAAGUCUCUACCGGAAGGAGCGGAGAAUGGGGAUGCAGCGGUCCUCGACGACUUGCGACAUGACCUGGAAGCAGCGCAUGUUUCGACGGAACUGCCCAUGGUCAGUGUAGCCUCCCCACAGCCUAUUUCGCCGGAAGCAUUGUCCAGUGAGGAUCACGGACCAACAGAAGGAGGGGAUACUGCCCUCGGAGAAUACUUUAUACGGGCUACGCAAGGACACUCGAUCAAGCUAGAUGGAGAGGCGCAUCUUGAAACCGUGAAGAAUGACGAAGCAGGCCGUCAAAAGGUGGGGGAAAUGGUCCAUGGAACCAAGUGGGAGUUGUACGAUACUAUCCGCUCUACCGGCUUAUCUCGCAUGGCUCGUCAACACAUCCACCUAGCACCAGCUUUGACAGACCACCAGAUCACUCCACGGAACAAUUCGACAUUGCUGAUCUACCUCGACCUCGAGAAAGUAAUCCAAGCAGGCAUCCCCGUUUUCGUCUCUUCCAACGGGGUGGUCUUGAGUCCGGGCGACGAGCAAGGCAAGAUCGGUAUAAGUAUGUGGCGUAAGGUGGAGAGAGUGCAGAAGGGGGAGAGGACCGUGAUCUGGGAGAAUGGCGAUGAUUCAGAGCCUUGA